CUUAUUAUUAUAUGCACACGCUACACAACAAAACCUCACUCUCUCUCUCACACACUCUUUCAGAACUCACUCACUCACUCAUUCGCGUUCUGUUUCAGAUCUGAAGCGACAUAACCCUAAGCUUCAAGCGGCGGCUAGGUUGCUUUGGAACAUCAAUGGCAGUGACAGAGGCUCAAAAUCCUCUUCUUGGGGAAAACACCUGUGGUUCCUUGUUAAAAAAGCUGCAGGAAAUAUGGGAUGAGGUUGGUGAGAGUGAUGAGCAACGAGACAAAAUGCUUCUUCAGUUAGAACAGGAAUGCUUGGAUGUGUACAAGAGAAAGGUUGAGCAGGCUGCGAAAUCAAGGGCACAGUUACUUCAAGCUUUGUCAGAUGCUAAGCUUGAGCUUUCCAGUCUUCUAUCAGCACUUGGAGAAAAGAGCUUUGCUGGAAUUCCUGAGAACCCUUCUGGAACUAUCAAAGAACAGCUUGCAGCUAUAGCACCUGUUCUUGAACAGUUAUGGCAACAAAAGGAAGAAAGAAUUAAGGAGUUCUCUGAUGUACAGUCCCAGAUCCAACAAAUAUGUGGAGAGAUAGCUGGGAACUUAAACCUUAGUGAUGCUUCGCCUGCUGUUGACGAGUCUGACCUCUCCCUCAAGAAAUUAGAUGAAUAUCAAUCUGAGCUACAAGAACUUCAAAAGGAAAAGAGUGAGAGAUUGCACAAGGUUCUUGAAUUUGUGAGUACUGUGCAUGAUCUAUGUGCUGUCCUUGGCAUGGACUUCUUCAGUACUGUAACGGAGGUACAUCCAAGCCUAAAUGAUUCUACUGGUGUUCAAUCCAAGAGCAUAAGUAACGACACCCUAGCUAGGUUGGCCAAGACUGUCUUAACGCUGAAAGAAGAUAAAAAACAGAGGCUGCAGAGGCUUCAAGAAUUAGCUUCUCAAUUGAUUGAUCUUUGGAAUCUAAUGGACACUCAUCCAGAGGAAAGGAGUCUAUUUGACCAUGUUACCUGUAAUAUGUCAGCUUCUGUUGAUGAAGUCACUGUCCCUGGUGCUCUUGCUUUGGAUCUGAUUGAGCAGGCUGAAGUGGAAGUUGAGAGACUUGAUCAGCUGAAAGCCAGUAGGAUGAAGGAAAUUGCUUUCAAGAAGCAAACGGAGCUUGAAGAGAUAUUUGCCCGUGCUCAUGUAGAAAUAGACCCAGAUGCUGCACGGGAGAAGAUUAUGGCAUUGAUUGAUUCAGGAAACGUUGAACCAGCUGAAUUACUGGCUGACAUGGACAAUCAGAUAGCAAAAGCAAAAGAAGAAUCUUUAAGUCGAAAAGAUAUAUUGGACAAGGUUGAAAAAUGGAUGUCAGCAUGUGAAGAGGAGAGUUGGCUUGAAGACUAUAAUCGGGAUGAUAACAGGUAUAAUGCAAGCAGAGGUGCACACUUAAACCUCAAACGUGCAGAGAAAGCUCGGAUAUUGGUCAACAAAAUUCCAGCUUUGGUCGAUACAUUAGUUGCUAAAACUCGUGCAUGGGAAGAAGAUCAUGGCAUGUCAUUCACAUAUGAUGGCGUUCCUCUUCUUGCCAUGUUAGAUGAAUAUGCCAUGCUCAGGCAUGAACGGGAAGAGGAAAAACGGAGGAUGAGGGAUCAGAAAAAGCACCACGAGCUACGAAACACAGAACAAGAAGCCAUCUUUGGCUCAAGACCCAGUCCUGGUAGGCCAGUUAGUUCUGGUAAGGUAGGAGGUACUCGUGCUAAUGGAGGAGCUAAUGGUACACCAAACCGACGGCUGUCACUUAAUGCUCAUCAAAACGGAAGCAGGUCCACAACAAAAGAUGGAAAAAAAGACAUCAGACCAGUUGCUCCUGUGAAUUAUGUGGCCAUAUCAAAAGAAGAUGCUGCUUCCCAUGUUUCUGGUACCGAACCAAUCCCGGCAUCACCCUAAUAAUGAGAUCUUCAUUAUCAACCCUACAAUUUCAUCUUUGUAGCAUGAUCAAAUACUAGUUACUGCUUUAGGAAUUAUAAUAUGGAGUGACAAGUAAUUAGAGAGGAACUGUUUUGAGCUGUGUAUGUUCAAUUUGCCAUUUGGAGGUUUUCUCAAUACAUGUGCCCUUUAAUAUGAAAAUAUAGUGCUAUUCUUGCCUUUCUCCAAA